UCACUUGCGCAUCACGUGGUGCCGGUGGCAGAUCCCAGUAGUGACGGCGGCGGCAGCAUCCCUCCUUCCCCGCCCGCCGCCUCCCUCCCAGCCCAGCCGCUGCUCCGGGCCAGGGGAAGGCGAGCCCAGGAGGGAGGGAGGCCGGGGCCGGAGCCCCUUGUCUGAGCGGGGAGCCUGAGCCGCGGCCCGCUCCCCGCCCCCCCCCCCCCAGAGCAUCUCCAAAGACAAAGGGAAGAUUCAUGUCCAAAGGGCUGGCAGAGAGCAGGACCGAAGUCACCAUGUCGGAGCUGGUCGCAGAGCCCAGGCCCAAGCCGGCCGUGCCCAUGAAGCCCCUCGGCAUCGGCUCCAACCUGCUGGGCUACAUCGGCAUCGACACCAUCAUCGAGCAGAUGCGCAAGAAGACCAUGAAGACGGGCUUCGACUUCAACAUCAUGGUUGUGGGUCAGAGCGGGCUGGGCAAGUCGACCCUCAUUAACACCCUCUUCAAAUCCCAAGUGAGCCGGAAGUCAGCCAGCUGGAACCGGGAGGAGAAAAUCCCCAAGACGGUGGAGAUCAAGGCCAUCGGGCAUGUGAUCGAGGAAGGCGGAGUCAAGAUGAAGCUGACCGUCAUCGACACCCCGGGCUUCGGAGACCAGAUCAACAACGAGAACUGCUGGGAGCCCAUCGAGAAGUACAUCAACGAACAGUACGAGAAAUUCCUGAAGGAGGAGGUGAACAUCGCCAGGAAGAAGCGCAUCCCGGACACGCGCGUGCACUGCUGCCUCUACUUCAUCUCUCCCACGGGACACUCGCUGAGACCCCUGGACCUGGAGUUCAUGAAGCAUCUCAGCAAAGUGGUCAACAUCGUGCCCAUCAUCGCCAAGGCCGACACCAUGACCCUGGAAGAGAAGAUGGAGUUCAAACAGAGGGUCCGGAAGGAGCUCGAGGUCAACGGCAUUGAGUUUUACCCGCAGAAGGAGUUUGACGAAGACCUGGAGGACAAGACGGAGAACGACAAGAUCAGGCAGGAGAGCAUGCCCUUUGCCGUGGUGGGAAGCGACAAGGAGUAUCAGGUCAAUGGCAAGAGGGUCCUUGGGAGAAAAACCCCCUGGGGAAUCAUCGAAGUGGAAAACCUGACCCACUGUGAGUUUGCCUUGCUCAGAGACUUUGUCAUCAGGACCCACCUCCAGGACCUCAAGGAAGUCACCCACAACAUCCACUACGAGACCUACCGGGCCCGGCGGCUCAACGACAAUGGCGGCCUCCCUCCGGCACCUCAUCCAUCAAAUGUCACCUCCUUCAAGGGCUUGGAAAAAUAAGUCCCAGAGACGCUAGAUUGAGCAGGGAGAAGGCGUCCUUCCUCCAGUGCCAGCUUCCCCCCGCCCCGCCGCUGCCGCCGCCACCGAAUGAAGGUCAUUUCCAGGCUGCUCCUCCUCCCCCCGCUGCCCCCCACCCCGGCCGCUCACCCUUCAGGGACGAGGUCUCUAGUGCUCUGCCAACUGUCCACCUGCCAAGCUCUGCCCACAGUGGGAGGGAGAGGGGCCAGUGCCGUCCUGCCUGCCCCCACGGGUCCCUCUGGGCGCCUGGCUCUGCUGGGCCAGCACCCUCACCUGCUCCAGCUUCUGCAGACCCAUAGCCAGCCAUUCACCGCCUUCUCCAAGGGAAAUGGCACCGAGCCCCCCUCCACCAGGCUUCCUGGGCCGCUGUCCUGGACUCCGGGAACUGGGAGGGCUUCUCCUCUGGUUCCUCACCUCCAGGGGUGAGCCCCAGCAUGGGGCCGGGGGGACCUGGCCCCUGUGUCAUCGGGUGGGGCUAGAUGGUACCCCAGGCUUGGCUGGCGCAGAGCGUGGCCAACAUCCCCCCCGCCCCUCCCCCAUGACGAGAAGCCCAGGAGGAGACAAGUAGCCUGAAAGCACAUUUUUCUUUAUCCUUAACUUAAAAAAAAAAAAAAAAAAAAAAGUUUAGAAAGCCCGUGAGAUGUGAAGUUGCAGAUAGAGCUCCCCCCCCCCAGUCUGUGUCCCUUAGCAAUAAGAGGAGAUGCCCGUCCCUCCCGGCCCCCGCCCCGAGCCCCCGUUAAUGUGAGUUUUGGCCUAGAUGGGCCUCGGGCCUGUAGAGCCCCGAUGCAUGAGUGUGUGUGUGUUGCCCGACACUGCCGUCCCGACCGGGUCUUCGGGAAACGCCUGCCCUUUCUCCAGCGGGGCACGGUGGCCCCCGAGAACCAGGGGCCCGGCGAGGGGCCCGAGCCAGCUGGCGGCGAUGGCAGCCCCGACCCACCACAAGCCACCCGCCACACACCGUGUCGACUUUGACUUUCUAUGUAUUGUUUAAUUCCACAAGACUUUGCUGUUUGAACAAGA